CAACAAGCGAUUUAGCGGCCCGUGGAAACAAACCGGACUUCAAGUUAUAUUACCCUAUCAGACCUUGGUUUAGUUACUUUAAUAGCUAAACACCUGAUUUCACUUUUUACGGCUAAACAUUUGAUACAAGAGUUACAAGUUUUGUGGUGAAGAUGGGAGUUCCGAAAUUUUACCGCUGGAUUUCCGAGCGAUAUCCUUGCCUCAGUGAAGUUGUCAAAGAACACCAGAUCCCAGAAUUUGACAAUCUCUAUUUGGACAUGAAUGGCAUCAUCCAUCAGUGCUCUCACCCAAAUGAUGAAGAUGUCCACUUUCGCAUCUCCGAGGAAAAGAUUUUUGCUGACAUCUUCCAUUACUUGGAAGUGCUCUUCAGGAUCAUCAAGCCACGAAAGGUUUUCUUCAUGGCUGUGGACGGUGUGGCGCCAAGAGCAAAGAUGAACCAGCAGAGAGGACGUAGAUUUAGGUCUGCCAAAGAAGCAGAGGAAAAGAUAAAGAAAGCUUUGGAUAAAGGAGAGGUACUCCCCACAGAAGCUCGCUUCGAUUCCAACUGUAUUACUCCUGGCACGGAUUUCAUGGUGAGACUGCAGGAACAGCUGAAGUACUUUGUUCAUAACAAGCUCUCCACUGACAAGUUGUGGCAGAAUGUCAAAGUCUACUUGUCUGGUCAUGAGACACCAGGGGAGGGAGAACAUAAGAUCAUGGAGUUUAUUCGUUCUGAGAACGGCAAACCCAAUCAUGAUCCCAACACCCGCCACUGCCUGUAUGGCCUGGAUGCUGACUUGAUCAUGUUGGGUUUAACCAGCCAUGAGCCAAAUUUCUCCCUGCUCAGAGAGGAAGUUCGUUUUGGAGGGAAGAAAUCCCAGAAGAGGAUAACAGCUCCAGAGGAAACAACCUUUCACCUGCUUCACCUGUCUCUGAUGAGAGAAUACAUAGACUAUGAGUUCUCAGAGCUAAAGAACCAGAUGGGCUCUGAUUAUGACCUGGAGCGAGUAAUAGAUGACUGGAUUCUAAUGGGCUUCCUUGUAGGAAAUGAUUUCAUCCCUCACCUUCCUCAUCUUCACAUCAACCACGAUGCUUUGCCUUUGCUGUACAAGACUUACAUCAGUGCACUACCAAGCCUGGGGGGUUAUCUGAAUGAGAAUGGCCACUUAAACCUCAGAAACUUUGGGAAAUACCUGGAGAAACUUGCAGAGUUUGACCGGGAACAUUUUAGUGAGGUUUUUGUGGACUUAAAGUGGUUUGAGAGUAAAGUUGGUAACAAAUAUCUGAAUGAGUCGGCUGGUCUGGCAGCCGAGGAUGAAGCAGCCCUCAGAGAUGCCAAAAUGAAAGAGCAUUCUGCCCUCGGUCUCAGUGCCUCAUCAGGAAAAGGGAUUGGAGAAGGAAAAGGAGCAGGGGCAGAUGAUGAGGAGGACGAGGACGAUAUGUUUGAAACCGAGUUCAGACAAUACAAGCGCACAUACUAUAUGACCAAGAUGGGUGUGGAUGUGGUGUCUGACGAGUUUCUAGCUAAGCAAGCCAGAUGCUACGUGGAAGGAAUCCAGUGGAUUCUUCACUACUACUACCAUGGUGUCCAGUCCUGGAGCUGGUACUACCCUUUCCAUUAUGCUCCAUUCCUGUCUGACAUCAGGAAUAUAUCUGGGUUAAAGCUGACCUUUGACCUCGGGAAACCCUUCAUGCCCUUCCAGCAGCUGUUGGCAGUCCUUCCUGCUGCCAGCAUGGAGCUGCUGCCUGAAUGCUACAGGCACCUGAUGACCAGUGAAAACUCACCUAUCAUUGAGUAUUAUCCUCUUGACUUCAAAACUGACCUCAAUGGCAAACAGCAGGAAUGGGAAGCUGUGGUACUCAUUCCUUUCAUAGAUGAGAGGUGCCUGCUAGCAGCCAUGGAGCCUUGUAAUAACAAGCUGACAAAAGAAGAGAAGGCCAGAAAUUGUCACACAGAGUGUGCCGUCUACUCUUAUGACCAUGAAGAAGACUUCACAUACACCUCUGCUUUGCCUCAUCUGUUCCCCGACAUCAUCCACUGCCGUGCCAGGAAAACACACAUCCCCAUGGACGCUUGGAAAGUACCUCCAGAUUACGUCAGCAAGCGCCUUGACCGCUCGGCUCUUUACUUCUGUGGCUUUCCCACCUUGCAGCACAUCAGACACAAGUUUUAUAAGAAGAAGAGUGGGGUGGUGGUGUUCCAGCAGAGUAGCAGAGGGGAGAACACGAUUCUUGAAAUCCUCCCCACCCAGGAGGUGGAGACGAUAUGUGACGAGGUCGCUCAACAAGUCCUGGGGAAGUCUGUGUUUGUCAACUGGCCCCAUCUAGAGGAAGCUCGCAUCAUUGCAGUGUCAGACGGGGAAACGAAAUUUGCUUUAGAGGAACCACCUGGAGUCCAGCAAGUGUACGACCGGCCCUCCUCUCCCCCUCCUACAACAGUCUCCAGUGUGUCUGACAAAGAGCAGAAGGAAUGGCUUAAGGAUAUGCAGGGAAUCACUGAAUAUUACAUGAAAAGAAAAGGCAUCAUUGUGAAUGAGACAGAGGUGCUUUUGUACGGCCAGCUGCUGACAGGAAGAAAAUACGUCCCUAAAGCCAGUGGAGUGGUGGAACUGGAGAAACAGUGGGCCAAACAGAUCCUUCCUUUUGCCUACCAGACUGUGGUUAAGGACAUUAAGGCCUUUUACUCAUCAUUAACCUGCUUCAAGAGCUUGGACGAGCUGUUUCCUCAAACAACCACAGUCUUCAUGGUGGGAACCCCGUACUACAGUGCCAUGGGAGAGGUGCAAGAUUCUCAAGACGUCAUCAAGGACGGUCGGAUACGAGUGGUCUUCAGUGUGCCCCAUGAGCCGCCGCUGGAGCACUUGAUCCAAAAUCAACACAAAUACUCUGUCAAGUACUGCCCAGGAUACAUUCUGGCUUCCCGUCUCGGCAUCAGCGGCUAUCUCGUUUCUCGCUUCUCAGGGAGCAUCUUCAUUGGUCGAGGCUCUAAAAAGAAUCCAUGUGGGGAGCAAAAAGCUAACGUUGGCCUGAACCUGAAGUUCAACAAGAAGAACGAAGAGGUCCCUGGAUACACCAAGAGAACGGAGAAAGAGUGGCUCUACUCUGCUGCUGUUGAGGAGCUGCUAGCUGAAUACCUAGACAGAUUUUCUGAGGUAUUUGACACAGUGUCCAGAAACAGUCACGAUGAUGUUUUCUACGAAGACGACAUCUGGCCUGCAGAAGACCAAAACGGGGCAGAGAAGGUGGCUGAAAUUACCUCAUGGUUGAAAAGUCAUCCAGUCAGCUCCAUCAGCCGGACGUCAUGUGACCUCCAAGUUCUGGAUGCUGCUAUUGUAGAGAGGAUUGAGGAAGCGGUAGAGAAGACCAAGAUGAAGAAAAGCACCAAGAAAGUCCGUGUGACAGUCAAGCCUCAUCUCCUCUUUAGGCCCUUGGAGCAGCAGCAGGGUGUGGUUCCAGACCCGAAUGCAGAAUAUCGCUUGUUUGACAGAGUCAUCAACAUCAGAGAGAGCUUCACUGUCCCGCUGGGACUCAGAGGGACCAUCAUCGGCAUUAAAGGAGCUGAUCGUGAGGCAGAGGUUCUCUAUGAAGUCCUGUUUGAUGAGGAGUUUGCUGGAGGUCUCAACAUCAGGUGUACGUCACCCCGUGGAUACCGCCUGCCUCCUUUCGCCCUGAUCAACCUCUCCCACGGAGCCCGAGUGGAUCACCACUCGCACAAACUCACCGCCAUCGUCAAACCUCAGCCCGCAGCCUCUGCCAACCUUGGCUCACGCCAUCAGCUGUUAGGCCUCAACCACUCCUCUCAAUCGCCCUUCGUACCCACACAGGGCGGGAUGAAGGCUACUUCUCAGGGCAACAGAAACUCUCCGUCUAAGGGUCUCAACCAGAAACACCAAGCCAAGAGUAAAGAGGAGUACAGCAAUGUGUGGCAGUCUCUGCAGAAGACGGGUCCUCCUAGCAAGCCUCCUGCUCACUGGCACAACAAUGGAGAAAGUCCACAACCGAGCAAAAACCAGCAUGCCAACAAAGCUCCUCCACCGGGUGGGAUCAGACUGUUGAAGAAAAAUGAAGAUCUCAGCUCCCUUUUCCCUUCACAGAACAUGGCCAAUAAGGCUACGACUGAAUUUGAAGACCUCAUUGCCAGUUUAAAGAUCUCUAAGGGCAGCCAGCAAACACCGCCUCCUCCUGCUCCACCGCAGGAGCCCAACAGCCAGCCAGACGGGCCGCUCUCGCCACAAUCGUUUGCCAUGAAGGGAACCCUGGUGCUGAAAGAGAUGCUUAAGAUUGACAGCGCUGGAAAAGAAAGUCCAUCACCGCAAGAGAUGCCGAAUACUGCUCUCGCUAGUGGUCAGCAGCAGAACAGGAGAAGGUCUUCUAAGAAAUUAGCUGCAAAAAUGAACGCCCCCCACAGCGACACACUUCCACUACCUUCUCCAGCAUCAGCCGGUUCUGCUAACGCUGCACUGACCAGUAAAGUGGCAGAGCUGGCUUGUGUGUGUGGGGGGUUGGGUAUGGCACUUCCUGAGUUCAGCUUCAUACAGAACAGACAGGGUCUGGUUGUGUGUCAGGUGAAGCUGUCCAAUGGGUUGAUGGUUCAUGGUCCACAGUGCCAGUCAGAAAAUGAUGCCAAGGAGAAAGCUGCCUUCUUUGCCGUUCAAAGACUGAACUCAGUGGGAUCUGGCUUCCCCCUCCCACCUUCUAUAUACCCAGGAAGAGGUCAGAUACGACCCCCACCCAUGGGACCUAUGAUGCCUGUUUUCAACCCGCAAGGUGGUUUGCUGUUGCCCCCCCAGGGUUACGCCCCCGGCCCUUUGUGGGGAAUGACCCUGCCUCCUCGCCAUCACCACCCGAACCAGGCGUUCUACGGAGCAGCAGGAACCUUCCCUGGCGCUGCCCACCCCCAGCCUACAACCUCUCUGCCCAUCGGCUCACACAACCAGUUCAUCCCUUUACAGGUGACUAAAAAGCGAGCCACAGCCAACAGAAAGAACAAAGAAACUCGAGAGUUUUACAGUGCCGGUCAGACUGUUGCUAAGAACCAGUCACAGAGAGCCCAGAACCAGAACUCUGGUCAUUCACAAGCUCAGAGCCAAGCUCAGAGUCAACCACAGAGCGGCAAAUACGACCAGCCGCACCAACUUAACGCCAACAGCAACACCUCCUCAUCUAGUCCUGGUAUGCCAGAUGGCGUUUCCACGACAACAGCAUCCCCGCGCACGCCCCCUCAAAAAAGUGUCCCAGCAACAGGCCACACCCCUGGCUCCUCCUCUAAGAGGAAGCACAGGAAGUUGGCCGUCAACUUUGAGGCAGCUAAAGUGUUAGAGUGAGCUGAGGUGCAUGUGUUCGCGUGCAUGGUUGUGUGCGUGCGUGUGUGUGUGGACUGUGGUGUUUUAAAGCUGCUCUUUUGUGGCCUGACUCAGCAUCUCUAAACAAAACCUCAUGCUGUCUACAUUUCACAGUAGAGAGCAGCUGCAGGGUCACAAAUAGAAUUGUUUUACUUGUUUUGGUGUUUUUUUUUAAUAAGCAAAUUAAAUGAAUCCAACUUUUACUGCCAUCUGCCUCUUGCACAGCAGCGUGCUUAUGAAACUUUGAGUCCUGUUGCCUACUCAGUGGAGUUCAGAGCGAUUUUGUUGUCAUUACUUCCAUCUCCACUUAGAUGCCUACAAGCUGACGUGUAUUUGGCUAAAAGGAUGUGUAAGAGAGAGGGGUGUAUUAUUGUCUUGUUGUUUGGGGAAGACUGAUUCCUGUAAUUCAGUAGAAUUCCAUUAAACCCAAAUGUUAGAGUUCUGUUCAUCACAGGUAUAGGAAAGGAAAUCCUUUGUUGCUUCAGAUAUUAACCCCAUCUGAUUUGUUAAUGUUAUACUCAAUGAGUCAAAACCUUAAAAAGACCCAACCAAGUCUUAACUCUUAAUCAGUUAUAAAUUUAUUUUUGAUUUAGUGAUUUGCCAUUUUCAGCUCUUGGAAUAUAAAAAAUAAUGACUGAAACUGCCUUUAAAAUGUUGCUACUUUUAUUAAUUUAGCUUUCAAACACACAUGGCAAAGCAAAGAAAUAAAAUUGAGAGUUUGGAAACAUUAAAAAAAAAAAAAAGAAAACUAAAAUAUUUAUUCAUCAGAGGAGUUAACCGACCCAUCUGAUUGAAACCUCCUUUACUAACUGGUUGGCACACUUAUCUGCGUUAGACAUUAGGUUCUCCUGAAGAGCAGACCUGGAAACAUUUCUGGCUAAAUUUUCUUUGCAAUGUUGACUAAGUAGUAAUGCGGUGAAGUUAAACACUGCUCUGAAAAAGCCAAACCAGAGAAUUCCUAUGAAAUCGGUGUAAAACUACAGAUUGGGGGGGGCACAAGCACACAUCAUCUGAGUCAUGCAUGCAGCAGUAAAUGCUACGCAGCUCCUGAUUUAUCUGUAUGACAGCAGAAGGAGUUUUCACACCGAUUUCCGGUGCUGCUGCUGAGUCUUUGCUCUGAGCUCCACAGUAGGCAAACAUGCAUUAACGUGGACCCAGCCAAGUCCACACUGUGCAGAUGGUUUUAACUUUAUAGGAAAUAAGGAUCAAAAUUUGGUUGUGGUUCUCAGGGACAUGCAUCCUUUUUAGAAGCCCUCUUCACAUUCUGGCCUCAGAUCUGCUUUGCAGUGGCUAAAAGCUACAGACACAUACUUGCAUGUAUUUUAAAAAACUCAUCUGAAUGUUGGUGAUGGCUGUGUUUGCUUUAGCGAGUGUUAGUGUAGUAAUUUUGGAAACAUGUGGGCCUUCUGUCAUGGCUACAGCUACUUGAAAAAAGUAAAUGAGAAGUCUGGUUCGGAUCAGUGAAGUUUGAUGAGCUGAUUUUAAUGUUUGUCUUGUCAGUUGUUCACAGCCUUUUAUUUCUUUCAGACUCAAAUAAUCUUGCAACCACUUAUGGUUUGUUAACAACACUGCCAAAUUAGAAAGCUGAAUGCACACUGCUGCACACAUCAUGUGUUAAUGAUUAGUUAUUGGAAAACGACCCUUCCCUGCCCUCCUCACACACAGACAGCACAUGCAGUUAUAUCUUAUUUUUCUUUGCUCUAUUGGACCAAAGAGCUUUUUUUCUCUCUCUCUGCCAUAUUUAAAGUCUCUGAAAGCAACCUUUUAUUCUGUCUGUGGCGGGGACAGAGACUGGUUUUACUUAGAUGCAAAGAAAACCAUGCUUACCUUUAUCAGUUAUUCUGAUUUAAAGUUGAUAAUUUGGAAAAGUCUAUGUUGUGUUAUGAUGUUGUGACCACAAUUAAGAUUUUAAUAACUGAUAAAAAGAACUUUCAUUUCUUGAUUCAUCUUCAAAUAUCUUAUUUUUUUUAAUCAUUUGUGUUGUACGUAAAAAAAAAAAAAAAAAAAAAAAAAGACAUGGAAUCUGUAGCCAGCAAGUUGUUGACACUUCAGUUUGAUUUUUAAUGAAUAAUCAGUUGUUGAAGCAGUUUCUGUGCCCCCUGUAUGAUAAUUAAACAGGAUGGUCACUGCUGAUUUUCCAUUUGUGGAUUAUUUGUGUGAAUAUGAAAGUUUGUUUACUUAUUGCCAUUUAUUCUUGACAUCAAAAUGCACAAGGAUUUUAUGAAUUAUGUGGUUUCUCUACGACGGACUGGCUACCUGUCCAGAGUAUACCCUGCCUCUGGCCUCCUAAUUUCUCCUCGACCCUGAAUUGGCCUAAGCGGUGUAGAAAAUGGAUGGAUUUUAACUGAUAUUUGGGUCAUUGCAGAAGCUACCUUUCAGUGAUGUAAUAAGGACCCAAGAGCUUCACAGAGCAGAUAAUUAAUUUCUGAGCUUCCUUUAAAAUCUCCGUCGUACUGAUCAGACACAAGCAUUAAAACAUAGAAACUGUCUCGGUUCAGCCAGAGUGUAACGUAUCAGUGUUAUGUUUCCAGGCUCUUUGCUAUGAUUUUGGUAACUUUAGCCAGAUCUUAGUUGUUGCUUCUCUAAAGCCGUUUUAAUUGCUUUGAUUUAUUUUCUUCCUUCACAUAUCAGGAUUCAAUUUUAAAGUUUUUUUUUUUUUUUUCUUUUUCUAAACAUGGAUUUUAUCAAUGCCCUUUUUAUAGAUUGUCUUGAGGUCUUGUGAAACAGUCGUAAAGACUAAAUUAAUUGGAUUUACUUCUGUAUUUUAAGGAUGCACAUCCUGGAAUUGCUGUCUUUCUUUUUUCUUACUUGGCCGGCAACCCAACAUCAACCGUAGGACUGAAGUCUGUCAGGCUCUGGUGCAAUAAGGGGAAGUUUUAAAACUUUUCAGAAAUUGAAGCACAUUUGUCUUUUUGUCUUUUUUUAGUAGAGAAUUCUUCAUAUGAAAAGAUGUGGACUUGUUUUAAUUCAGGAAUGUGCUGUACAUAUUCAUGUAAUAAACACUUGUUAUAACAUG